CUCCCGCGCUGCUCUUCGCUGUCCUGAUCGGGAAGUUGCCGGUUCUCUCGAGCCCGGUGGGCUGGCCGCGGCGGUAAACAGAGCAGGCCUUGAGCGGGGAGUCCGGACACCCGCAGAGCCAAGGCUGGGUAGUCGGAGAGGCUGCGCGGAACCGUGAGCAUCCGAGCUCUGGGACUCGCCCUGUUCCCCCCGGCAGCCCCGAGUCCUCGUCCUGCGUCCGCGCCCCGCGUCCCUCCCCAAGGCGCGCAGGUGUCGCCCGCCGUCCGUCCUCGGGGAGCGGACCCUCCGCUCGGCAUCCGCCUGCUCUCCGGCCGCUCCCGCGCGCCCAUGCGACCGGCGAGGCCAGGCGUCCCGGUGCGCGCGCUGCUCCUGCUGGCGCUCGUCCUGGCCCCGCGAGGGACGCAGGGGAGGCCCGGGGGCAGCAGGGGCGUGCACGUCGUGGGCGAGGAGCCGAAGCCGUCCCUUCCCGCGGCCUCUCGGAGCGCAGAAAUAUUCCCAAGAGAUUUGAACUUAAAAGACAAAUUCAUCAAGCAUUUCACAGGGCCAGUCACGUUUUCAGCUGAGUGCAGCAAACACUUCCACAGGCUGUAUCACAAUACCAGGGACUGCUCGACGCCAGCUUAUUACAAAAGAUGUGCUAGGUUGUUAAAAAGACUAGCAGUGAGUCCUCUGUGCUCGCAGACGGAGAAGACCUACAUGUGAGCAUUUCUUAAGAAUGUAAAUCUAAUUUGAAAGAAAAAUGUAUCUGGGAUCAUACUAAACAUAAAAUGAGAUGAAACUUCUAAUUUUAUGGUGUAUUAAGAUGAGUGAAAUAAGAGACGCCUCAGAAACAGCUGGUGAUCUGUGUCCAAACGUAAGACAAGAUCGUCCCUGGUUUAUCUUCGCGUAUACAGAAA